UAGUUGCGGGCCCUGUUUUUUUCAAGGUGUAGUAGCUAGAAAGCCAAAACACAGGAAAAAGACAACUCCUUACCAAUAAAUAAAGGAACCCUAAAAGAACUUCUAUUUUUGUGUGGAAGGCAAGACAACAGUGCAGACAAGUGCUAAACUAAAAGACUGAUUGAUUACGAAAGCUUGGAAAUGGCAGCAGAGAAGGGGAGGGUAUGCGUGACAGGAGCUGGAGGUUUCUUGGGCUCUUGGCUCCUCAAGGUUCUUCUAUCUAAGAACUAUCUUGUCCAUGGAACCGUUAGAGACCCCGCGGACGAGAAGUAUGCUCACUGGAAAACCAUUGACAAGGCAUCUGAGAAUCUGAAACUCUUUAAGGCAGAUUUACUGGAUUACAACUCUCUUUGUUCUGCUAUCAAGGGAUGUGAAGGAGUCUUUCAUGUUGCCAGUCCUGUUCCCUCCACUACAGUACCAAACCCUGAGGUAGAAUUGAUCGAACCUGCUGUAAAGGGCACAUUGAAUGUGCUCAGAGCAUGUGAUGAAGCAAAGGUUAAGCGAGUUGUUAUUGUGUCCUCUAUGGUUGCUGUGUGCAUGAACCCAAGCUUGCCAAAGGGUCAAGUGAUGGAUGAGAAUUGGUGGUCUGACAAGGAAUACUGCAGAGCAACCAAGAACUGGUAUUGUCUGUCCAAGACAGAAGCAGAAAGUGAGGCGUGGGAAUGUGCAAAAAGAAGUGGACUUGAUGUUGUAACAAUUUGUCCUUCCCUCAUCUUGGGGCCAAUUCUGCAUUCUGCAGUAAAUGCAAGUAGCAAGGUUCUUAUUAAACUCUUGAAAGAAGGGUACGAGUCAUUGGAAAACAAGCUCCGAAAUCUAGUAGAUGUUCGUGAUGUUGCUGAAGCACUGCUUUUGGUAUAUGAGAAGCCAGAGGCAGAAGGGAGAUAUAUAUGCACAGCUCAUGAAAUCAGAACAGAGGAUUUGGUGGAGAAAUUGAGAAAUAUAUAUCCUAACUAUAAUUAUCCUAAAAGCUUCACUGAAGAAGAGGAAGGAAUAAAUCUGAGUUCAGAAAAGUUACAGAGGCUAGGGUGGAGCUACCGGCCACUGGAGGAAACUCUCAUUGAUUCGGUGGAAAGCUAUCAGAAGACUGGAAUCUUGGAUUAAACAAAAUGGGCAGUUCAUCUUAUUCCCUUUUUUCUUUUCAAUUAAUAAAUGCGAUUUGCUAGCAUGUUGUGUCGAUGAUUCAUGUUGAUACCGUGACUUGUAUGGAUAUUUGUUUUUCAAUCAGAUCAACUAAAUUAUUAAGAAUAACAAGAUGGAAAUCAUGUUAAUACAA